CACAUUCCACGUCAGCACUUAUCAGAUUAACAACAUCCUCCUGAACUCAUUUACUGUCUCUUCUCAACCUUACGCUCGAGAAUAGAUUCACAAAACUCAGAGAUUGUGAUGACAACAAUUGCCUCCGGCUUCGUUUCUUUCUCGCCGGCGCUGCUCCAUGUGUGUGCGAAAUCUCGACGAUCCGUUCCUAAUUUCCGAAAUCGCUCUCCGUCUCUUCCCAUAGUUUCAGCAUCACUGAGAAGCAACGUAGAAGCAGAGACAACAACAAACCUCUACCCCAACAUACGAGAAACCAAUUCGGUUUCGGAUUUGUUACAUAACAUUACUCUGGCAGAUUUAGAUCCAGGAACCGCCAAGGUCGCAGUUGGUAUCUUAGGACCAGCUUUAUCAGCUUUUGGGUUUCUAUUCAUCGUGAGAAUCGUCAUGUCUUGGUACCCGAAACUCCCGGUCGACAAGUUUCCUUACGUUUUAGCUUACGCUCCAACAGAACCAAUCCUUGCACAGACUAGGAAAGUGAUUCCGCCACUUGCGGGUGUUGAUGUGACUCCUGUGGUUUGGUUCGGGCUUUUGAGUUUCCUUAGUGAGAUUUUGGUUGGUCCACAGGGACUUCUUGUUCUUGUUUCCCAACAACAAGUUAGCUAAGAAAUGAUUCAUUUUUCCCAACAACAUGUCUGUGCUUACUGCUUAGUUCUCUUUUCAGACUUGUAGAGGAGUCUCCUUGUGGCACACAAUGUUCCCACAUCACUCACAUAUAUGAUUUUUGCUUGGCUCUUAAUUACCAUCCUUCUUGUGUGAUAAUGAUCAUGAUUUGCUGUUUAAAACCAGUUGGAGUUU